GGCGACUCUCGCGGCCGGUGGGAGUCAGAUCAGGGCCGGCAAGACGGAUACAAGGAUGGCAGAUAUGAGAGAUUAGACCGAGAUGGAUAUAGGGACGACAUAUAUGAGAGGUCGGAUCCAGAUGGAUACAGGGGUGGCAGAUAUGAAAGAGGAGAUCGAGACGGAGAAUGACGAGAUGGCUCGCGUGGACGAUAUGACCGCGGGGGAUUCGCGAGAGAACAACGGGACGAUUCGCGGGGGUGGUACGACCGAGGAGAUCGCCGCGAUGAGUCACGCGGGCGAUACGACCAUGGAGACCGCCGGAAUGACUCACGGGGACGAUAUGAGCAAGAAGGAUCCGGAGGAGACCGCCGCAAUGAUUCGCGCGGCCGGAAUGAGAGAGGGGGAUAUGAUGCGCCAUCUGAUCCACGAUAGGCCAUCCACUCCUAGGAACUCUUGCGUCUACUGUAGAGGAGAUGAUCAUAUCAAGAGAGACUGUCCGGAUCUCAAACGGGCAAUAGAUGAGGGACUUGUCGUGCUUGAUGACUGCAAGUACGUCAAGUGGGCAGAUGAUCUGGGAGACGUAUCAAUGUUCCCUUCGAUGAAGGAGAAUGUGGAAGUAAGGAGAGUAAAGCCGAAUAAAGGAAAGGAGCCGGUUAGGAGCAAGAGCAUCAAGAUAACUUUCGAAGGAGAUAUGGCAACUACACCCAUAAGGGUGGCAGCUACCAAGUCAGCGAGAAGCUCUACAUCGAGGAAGACUGACACGGAUUAUGUGAUGGCAGAAAAGGAUGGACAGCGGAUCGACGGAGAGGAGGUUAUUCUUUCACCGCGAAAAUGGGGAGUGAAGAAGUUCUUGAUGAAGAGUUCGUUGGAUGAUAUAGACACGGUCAAACCCAUGAGACGGGCCCGUCGGCAGCCCAUGCAGUGCUCUAUUCUGGAAUAUCUGGCAGCAUCCAAGCCGGCUCACGACGAGUUACAAGUGAUCACGCGGAAGACUCGCAUACCUUUAUCAGAGGACGCUUAGGUGACCCCUAAGGCAGAUGCUCCUACUGUAGCAGUAUCGGAGGUGACUGCUAGAGCAGAUCGCAUGGCGACAGUUCUUCUUGAUGGGAUGGAAAGUGUGCCUCCAGACAAGUUUUACAUACUUGGUAGUAGGACCGUGGAGACGAUCAUAAACGACGGACCGGUUUAGAUGCUGUGAUCGAUAACGGCAGUGAGGCUGUCAUUAUAGACGAGGAUCUAGCAGAGCAAGUUGGACUGAGACUCGAUAGGUCAUACUUAUUCGAGAUAGAGACGGUUGAUGGGAGAAAGCAACAAAUCACAGGAGUUUGU